CGUAAUCCUGCACAGGCUUCAACACACAGCACACACCAAACUCCAGCACCGUAGCACAGUCGCGCGCUUGUGUCUGCAUUAGGACUCGUGCUACAUAAAAUUCGACAACACCUGCUCGGUUUACGCUCGUGCUUGGUUGAAAUUAGGCUAGGGUUGCAUUAAUGUGAGCUUAAAACAUGAGCAAUGGAUGGACAGGGUGAACAAAACUCUCCAAGAGAGGCUCCAAAUAAGACGGAGAUGCUGCUGGCUCUGCUGUCGCACAGUGAGGAGCUACGGAAAGAUAUCCCAGUGUGUGCGGGCUGUAACCAGCACAUCGUGGACCGGUUCAUCCUCAAAGUGUUGGACCGUCACUGGCACAGCAAGUGUCUGAAGUGCAGCGACUGUCAGGCUCAGCUGGCAGAGAAAUGCUUCAGCAGAGGAGACAGCGUCUACUGCAAGGACGACUUCUUCAAGAGAUUCGGGACCAAGUGCGCAGCGUGUCAGCAGGGGAUCCCGCCCACACAGGUGGUGAGGAGGGCGCAAGACUUCGUCUAUCACCUGCACUGCUUCGCCUGCAUCGUGUGUAAGAGGCAGCUGGCCACAGGAGACGAGUAUUAUCUGAUGGAGGACAGCAGGCUGGUGUGUAAAGCAGACUACGAGACCGCCAAGCAGAGAGAGGCGGACUCGACUGCAAAAAGGCCAAGAACAACCAUCACAGCUAAACAGCUGGAAACGCUGAAGAACGCAUAUAAUAACUCUCCCAAACCGGCCCGCCACGUCCGAGAACAGCUCUCAUCAGAGACAGGCCUGGAUAUGCGGGUUGUUCAGGUUUGGUUCCAGAACAGGCGAGCUAAAGAGAAAAGGCUGAAGAAAGACGCCGGGCGGCAGAGGUGGGGGCAGUACUUCCGCAACAUGAAAAGGUCGCGGGGAAGCUCCAAGUCUGACAAGGAUAGCAUCCAGGAGGAGGGCAUGGACAGUGACGCUGAAGUGUCUUUUACAGAUGAACCACCCAUGUCAGAGCUCGGCCUCACAAACGGCAUCUACAGCAGCCUGAGCGAGUCUUCUCCAACCAUGGGGAGCCGCCAGGGGGGCAACAAUCACGGCUCCUUCCCCUUGGAGCAUGGCGUCCUGCCUUCUCAGGACCAGUUCCACGACAUCCGAUCCAACAGUCCCUACGGCCUCCCUCAGUCGCCGGGGUCCCUGCAGGCGCUACCCAGACACCAACCUCUUAUCUCAAGUCUGGUCUACCCUGACUCUGGCCUGUCAGUCAUGACCCAGGGUGGCGGGCCUGGGAUGAACCCCACCGUGAGAGUCUCUAUGGGGGCUGCUAAUGGCCCCAGCUCUGACCUGUCCACCGGAAGCAGUGGAGGAUACCCAGACUUUCCUGCCAGUCCUGCAUCCUGGUUGGAUGAAGUUGACCAUGGGCAGUUUUAACCAGUCAUUGCUCAGACAUCAGACUUUUUUUGUUCAUUUUCUGUGUCUUCUUUUGGAAUUUAGGACUUGAAAAUAGUCAAACUGGCCAAUAAUAGUGUAACGGACAAGCUGUACCUUGAAACUCACCAAUACCUGAUUAAAAGGUCCAAUAUUUAUCUGUGAUGGACAAACGCAACAUCCUUCACUUAAAGCACUUGGCCUGAUAAUCGACCUUCAGUAGUAAAACUGUAUUCAAAGCAAGAAAUCUGUGAAAAAAGUGACAUUAUAAACGCUCUUUCAGGACAUUGCAGAGACUGACAGAGACUCAGACAGUUUGGAACAAGAUUUUUUGGAAUUUUCACCAAAUCCUGCCCUUUAUUCUCAUGAUCUUUUUUUCUACACUGUGUUCAGGUGCAUAAUUGAGUUCUCACAAUGUCUGGUUGUUGCCAAAUGUCUAUAUAUAAAUAUAAAUAUAAUGGUUUAUCAUUGUGGAGACUUUAUUUUUAUACAAGCCCCUUCUUGGACAGAAAGAAGAAACCCAGAUACGAGGACUUUGUACAUUCUUAAACAGGGAUAUAGGCAUAAACAUAGAUGUUGUCUUAAAUGGUACCUAGGGGUCCAAUUACUUCUAUGCAUUUGUGUGUUUCUCAGAUGUAUCUCGUUCGUUUUGUUCUGCCUAAAAAACAACAACCCCAGAGGAAGAAAAAGCUGUAGCAUUUGGGGUGUGAUGUAUAUGUUUGUUUAUGUGGAGAUGUUUUAUGUCUUAUUUAUUCCUUCUGGUAAUGAUGAUUCCUGAUGAAAUGACAGGACUUUAAUAAAUUUGUCACCUAAAUCAAGA